GCCAUGUUCUGGAGGAAGUGGCCCGGUGGCGUUGUCUACUACAGCUACCAUUCCUCCGUAAACGAAGAGGUGAGAGGCGUCAUCCAGGAGUCCAUGAGACAUUGGGAAGAAAACACGUGCCUCAAGUUCAGGCCUAGGUCCGUCUUCAACCUGUGGUACAUCAACUUCCGCACAGAUAACGCUGGGUGCUGGUCUCAGGUGGGCAUGGAAGAACAGUUGGGCCCCCAAGAUCUGAACAUUGGCAAGGGUUGUGAGCACGUCUCAGUCGUGGUGCACGAACUGGGGCACGCUGUUGGCUUCUUCCAUGAACAGUCCCGCUCCGAUCGAGACGGCAGCAUCCGCAUCUUGUGGGAGAACAUCCCCGUUGAUAAGUAUAGCCAGUUCAUGCAAACGUACGAUCGAAAUCGCAACGUGCCAUAUGACAUCACUUCAGUCAUGCACUACUCUCAAGGGGCGUUCAGUGCUUCGCCUUUUACGAAGAACACCAUUGUCACUACGAAUCCCCACAUGCAACUCCGAAUGGGAAACAAAGGACUCAGCUUCAGGGACAGAAGACUUGCAAACCUCAUGUACUCCUGCAGUGACGGAUGUCCGAACAAGGACUUGAAUUGCCAAAACGAGGGAUUCCUCUUCAGACCAUCGACAGCGGAGAGAAACGAGCCAUGUCAGUGCGUCUGCCCCGACAACACAGCAGGAGACAAAUGCCAAGACAUCAAUGGCGACUAUUACCGUGAGCCAUCUUGCGGUGGGAAUGUGACAACAGAAGGAAGCUUCGAAACUCCUGGGUUUCCGGAAAGAAAUGUGCCCUACGACGAAGGUUGCACCUGGUGGAUACAAGCACCAGCUGACCAAAGGGUAGAGAUGACCAUUGACGAGUUCAGCAUUCAGCCGAGGCUAAACAGACCUUCCAGUCGGUAUCACGGCACGUGUGCCGUAGAGCGGGCUGAGAUCAGAACGAAAGACCGUUACAGAGGAGACAUGUACUGUGGCAAAGAACUCAAUCCCGGUCAAACAUUAAGGUCCAGGACAAACGAAAUGGUGGUCAUACUAAGUCCCAUGAAGAGCUCCCAAGGAAAAGGAAUGAAGGCAACUGUAAGGUUCGUCGGCAACGCAGGUGCUUCUGGUGGAGCGGACAUGGCUAUGGACGUUGUUGGGACUGCUGGCGACUUUGUGAAUUCCCAGACGAGCCUUGGAAGGCCCGGCUAGUGGACUCCAGGCAUGUAAACUCCGCGUCCGUGAGGCUAAUAAAGACAUUUACCA